AUGGACGAGCCUUUGAUCGCCAAGUCUCCCCUCGCUAUUCAAGUGGACGGCAACGCAUCAUCACAAGAACACGUCAACAGCCGGCCCAACACCAUAGCGCACGAGGAUGGGCCACUCCGAUCUUCGACACAGAAACUCGAGCCACCGAAAUGGACUAUGCAAUCGAACGACGCAGGCAAACAUGAGAACGAUACUCAAAAUGUCUUCGGAUCAGCUUCGAAAAACCCAUCAAUCAUGCGACUUUGGUCUGCAGAAGUUAUUACACUCGCUGUAGCGGCCAUCCUGAUGGGCAUUAUUCUGGCAAUUCUUCUCGACGCCGACGAUAAACCUCAAGACGACUGGUUCUUCCCUUUGAAUAUCAAUUCUGUCCUAGCAACUCUAUCCGUCAUGUACAGAUCUCUGCUCGUCACCGUCAGUGCAGAAGCGCUGUCGCAAUUCAAAUGGAUAUGGUUCUUCUCCAAGCGGUCUCCGCCUCGCUCUCUGCAUCACAUCAAUGUUUUUGACAACGCAAGCCGGGGUAUCUGGGGAGCCUUACAACUAUUUCCCCUCGUCGUCUUCAGGGACCUUGCUUGCAUACCGCCAUUACUUGUUGUCCUCUUUUCUUUCGCCAUCGGACCUUUCAUACAACAAGCCAUCACCAUAUACGAUAAAACGUUGGUUCUUCCGUCAGGAAGUCUUGCGUCUAUUCCUAUAACUCAGACGGUGGGCAAACCCGCCGCAAGCCCUGCGGGAAUCAACAGCUCCGACAAUAACUACUUCGGACCAGGUAUCCGCGGUUUCGUCUACUCUGCACUCGGGUACCCUCAAAACAAUCGUGGGAGCAUUGAAGUCGAGUGCGAUACUGGAUACUGCAUCUUCUCUCCCAACAUCACUCCCCAACCUCUCGAAGUUACGCAUGCCUCGAUUGGUAUUUGUAGCCAAUGCGAGGAUCGCACUUAUCUGGCCAGGGAGGUAGACGAGUCGUACGUCGAAUUGCCCAACGGAAUGCAAUUCAACGUGAAGGACGAUCAGAACGUGUUCAUUGUCCAAAACGAUGACGAUCUUUCAUGGGCUUUCAACGAUACCGAAAUGGUAUCAAAAGCGUAUUUAGGGGCUGCAUUUGCUAACGUCACUUUCUUAUCGAGAACGAGGGAGAUCACCACUGUCUACGACGAAGAUCGUGAGCCGAUCCGCCUGUCAGACCCUUCUCUUCCGUACUUCGCAGCUGGAGUGUGUUCCCUUUGGCCGUGCCUACAGUACUAUCAGGGCAAGGUCAAUAACGGAACACUCGUCGAAAAAAAGCUACUUAAUGAGCCAAUGUACCCGGACGCGAUCGACUUUGCAGAAAACGAUCAAGAGGUCCUUUCGAAAGUGCCAGUCGGCAAGCUUCCAGUCUCGUGGAACAUUACAGCUAUCCAAUCACCAUGCCGCAUGGACGAUUCAGCCUAUGAUUAUGGCGAUCUCCAAGCGAGAGACGUUGGCCAACUGAACCACUUGGCCAAAGAUUCCAAAGUUCGUAUUGUUUCACCAGCAAACGCGCCUGACUAUCCCGUCGAAUCCGUCCCUGAGUCUUGCGUAUUUCGCAUGUCUGGAGCUUUUCGGGCCACCAUGGCUUCACUGUUGAGCAAGGAUAUUUUCAACGGAAAGUGCAGCCGAAAGAAGUCGACGAACGAUACUUUGAACAGUUGA